AUUUGCAGUUAAGGCUCUUACUAACGUCAUCAAAUUGUACCGAUGCCUCACCGAUGGCGAAUAUCAGAGUUCUCCCUGCUUUUAUUGCGGAAAUGAAAAUUAGGAAAAUUAAUUGACCCAACUACCAUUGUAGACCAGCAACAUAGGCGCUUAAAACCCUUCUGUAACGCUAACGCUUCUUAAGCAGUCAGGCAAAGAUAGUAAAUAUGAAAAAAAUAUGGUUUUUCGUUAGCGCCUUGAUAGCCCAGCAAAUCUGUUUCUUGGACUUCUUUAUAUGGAAUUGAAGUUGUGCUCGACCAAAGCCAAAACUCAAAUAUGUAAUUUACAAUUUUUAGGUUAGCACAUCCAAUGCUCUAAAUACAACAAAACAUUUGGUUUUAUUUGAAUCUCCCAUGCCAUUUACAGAGUUUACCAUUCUCUACAGGGUCUCAAUGCCUUCAUAAAUAAUACAAGCGUAGUAAAUUGCGAAUAAAAUCCACAAUGCAAAGAUAUCUCGCUAUCAUUUUUUGUCUCUAAAGCUUUCAUCAAAUAUUUGCAAAUCAACGAACUCAACGCAGUCACUUCGUUCGGUCCACUUUACAUGCUGGCCGGGUAAUGAUGUGAUUGCGUAUACCAAAAGGCACGCUCACACCACAACGGCCAGUGUGCUUCUUUCGAUCUCAUUCCCAGUAUGCCACUGCUGCUGAGCAAUCGCAGUGUUGACAACUUCAUUGUCUAUUAUGAACACGAGCAGAAAUAUGAGAAGCUUUUCAUGCAGCUGGAAGCGCUACCACGCGUCUGUUGGCGUCUAAUCAAAUUUUGUUUUGGUCUGGAUUUACUACGCGCUUUGAUAACCAAAUUUUUUCAUUCCUACAAAGGUAUUUAUGACAGCGAUCGAUUGUUGAUGUCCUGCGGUUCACUGUACACGGCGCUUUCGCGCACCUAUCCAGAGGCACAGGCACCAGCCAAAUCGACGGUAAUCCCUGUAGAAGCGAGCGGCGAGCGGACGCCAUUGUUUAAGGGUAGCAAAAGUUAUGGUGGUGGCACUGCAACGGCGGCAAUCGGUGAUGGUUAUGCCAGCAAGAGUGGGGCUGAUAGCAGCUAUGGCAGUGAGAAUGAUAACUCCAGUAUCAAAGGCGGCAAGGGCAUCGUUAAUGUGGCGAUGCGAAAACAUGGAAAGGAAUGCUGCGCUUACGCACAAAUGAUGACAUUUGUUUCGAUUCUAGCUGGUGGUUGUGUUAUCGCCGCUUAUCUCUUAAUUGCUGAAUCACGCUUGCCGACUUUGCGAUUCUCGUUGGAUCUGGUACAUCGUCACCUGUGGAGCAAUGUUUCCGCACCACUCGCCGCCAUCUUGAACCACUCCAACGUACUAAAUAUUGUGAUAAUGCAGACUGGUGGAACUAAUUGUGAUAAAUAUGAGAAAUGCCUACAAAUUCUACGCGAACUUCAAAAGCAGUAUCAAGAAAAGCAUGGCACCGCUCAGGAGAUUCCGUUUAACUUUCUGAUUGGCGGCGAUCGACAGACCUAUGAGGCACGCGGUUGGAACUAUGAAAGUGGGCUGCCAUUGGUGGUGGUGCCACAGAAUGCCUCGCUGGUGAUUGCAUUCAUAGGCAACUACACGAUAUCGGCGCCCAAUGCGAUGCAGCUGCGCUCGGCUCUUUCGCUCAUUGCUGAGUCGGUGCGACAAAAGAAGCUCCAGCGCAAAUAUAAAAUAUUUGGCCUGCAGAAUUCAAGCGACGCUUAUAAUGACGGAAAGGCGCUUUUUGGCGCCAUUGGCCAGUGGAAACAGUUCGAUGGUCUGUUAGAAGUGAUUUGACUAGGGUCUCGAUUUUUUUUUUGCACUACCUGCUGAAUGUCCAUAUGUAUUUUUACGUAAAUGUAUGUGCAUAUGCGUAUUUGUUUGAUAUGUUGCUCAGUUAAAUUUUUUGCUUCAUGGCAAGCCAAAAAAUUAAUUCAAAAUUAGAAGGUAUUAGUUAUUUU